AAUUUUUGACAUUUUUUCAUAAACACCCUUGCAUUCCGGCUUGAGUCAGGUUCAGCGGCGAGAGGCCCGUUCCCCUCGACGGUCGCCUUCGUCUCGUUCUCGCCGUAGCCGUGAGAGCGCCACCGUGUUCUCCACUCCGGCAGACCGUCAGGAAGCCAUGCUGGGGGCCCGUGUGCAUCUGAAGGGGUGGCAGCAGGCAGCUGUUGCACUUGGUUCUGCAUUUGGGGCCUUGCUUGACCCAAGAAGAGCUGAUCUGAUAGCUGCUCUUGGAGAGACUACUGGGAAGCCAGCAUUUGAGCGUGUGCUGCAGCGAAUGAAGAACAGUGCAGAAGGCAAGGAAGUUCUUUUGGAGCGUCCUCGUGUUAUAUCCUCGCAGGUUUCUCAUGCCUGGGACAUGCCUCAGAACACGUUUGGUGCUGCAUAUGCUCAGUUCAUGGGAUCAAGGAACUUCUCACCAGAUGAUCGCCCACCUGUCCGUUUCAUGGACACUGAUGAGCUUGCAUACGUUGCAACACGUGCCCGCGAGGUGCAUGACUUUUGGCACGUGUUGUUCGGCCUUCCAACAAACCUGAUUGGAGAGACUGCCCUCAAGGUGAUCGAAUUUGAACAGAUGUUCCUCCCAAUGUGCAUGCUAUCAGUUGUCGGGGGCUCUGCGAGGUUCAGUGGGAAACAAAGGACUUUGUUUUUCCAGCAUUACUUCCCAUGGGCAACAAAAGCAGGCCUCAAGUGUACAGAUCUGAUGUCUGUUUACUAUGAAAAGCACUUCAAUGAAGACUUGGAGGAAGUAAGGAGAAACUGGGGAAUUCUACCAUGCCCUGAUCCCAGGAAGAGCAGUGUAUAGACGAGUAUGUUCUGCAUGAAAUGGCUGUAUUCAGUUUCCAUCUUUGGAUAUAUUAGUUGCUAUCUUCUCUUGGAAUAAUAUAAUGAGGAGCUAUGUUAUUGAUACCUUUGCAAGUUUAGAGUGUGUUUUGGUUAGAAUGUUACAGGACGUGCAAUGUUUAUAUUUCCAAUGAUCUAUGAGAUGUUUACUUGAAUGAUC